GUUGGAUAUAAUUUCAUAACAUAUGGUUCAUUCGAUACGGAACGUUGCAGUGAAGGCUUACUUUACAUCGUUCAGAAACCGAAGGACUUCAAUACAAAGAGAUAUAAGAUAGGAAGAACAUUUAAUAUAACUCAAAGAUAUGACAGUAUAGUCAAUAGAGUUAAGGUUGCGUUUGUUAACGAUAUGAGAGCUGCUGAAACAGAACUACUUGAAAAGUUUGAGAAAAUGUAUGGUGCUCCCACGAGAGGUAAAGAAACGUUUGAAGUAGAUGAGAUCGACAAAGCUAUAAAAUUAUUUGACGAAGUUGCUGAAAAAUACAUGUAA